UAUUGUGAAAACCUGGAACCGGAAACACUGCUCUUGUCCUGGCUAGUGGAAACAGCAGGCUGCGCUGAUGGCAGGCUGCUGCUACCUGUCAACAACAACCCAGGCUUAGCUGAGACUCAAGUCUGCUGGGCCCUUCAUCUGCUUCUCUCAGUUGUUGCAGGUCCUUUCGGUGUAGCCAAACCAGGCUGCAGUGUUAUGGAUGAACCAUGAAGGCCCAAUUACAAGUCACAGUGCUUUCAGCCAAGCUGAAGGAAAACAAAAAGAACUGGUUUGGUCCCAGCCCGUAUGUUGAGGUAACCGUGGACGGCCAGUCAAAGAGGACUGAGAAGUGCAACAACACACACAGCCCCAAAUGGAAGCAGGCUGUCACAGUAAUUGUGACUCCAGUCAGCAAGUUGAUCUUUCGCGUUUGGAGCCACCAGACACUGAAAGCAGACAUCCUGUUGGGAAUGGCCAACCUGGAGAUCAGUGAGACCCUUAAGGCUAACGACCUGAAACUAUGUGAAGUGGUGCAGACACUGCAGCUGUGCUCUGACAGAGACCCUCGGGAUGUUAUAGGUGACCUGUCAGUCUGUCUGGAUGGCAUGCAGGUAGACCCAGAGACCUUCGCCACAGCAGAGAGGGAACAUGCCACUCUUCCAAACGGAAACGCAAAACAAAAUGGAGACACCGGCAACAGGUCAAGCAGAGACACAUCUCCCUCCAGUGACUCAGAGGAGUGGGUUAUCGUACCUAAUGGUCACGCCGUCAAUGGUCAGGGUUCUCCUUCCCUAUCUCCAGGGGGCUCAAACGCCUCGCGUCCUCCCAGACCAGCCCGCCCUCCUCCUCCUACGCCUCGCCGACCAGCCCCCUCACCAACCUCUUCUAGCAGCUCCUCUCCUAGUGAGCUGAGUGAAGGUCCACCUUCCGAUGGCUCCUCUCAGGCGUCUGCUAGUGGGUGUUCAAAUCAACAGGAUGACUCAGGCGCAGGGGCAGCAGCAGCAACAGCAGCAGCAACAACAGCAGCAGCAACAGCAGCAGCAACAGCAACAGCAACAGCAACAGCAGCAGCAGGUUCUCAGACAGCAAGUGGCCCCAAACCAGGGACCUCAGCCUCAGCAGCUUUGGCCACAACAACUCCCAGAAUCACACCCAUGAGCAACGGCCCCUUACCUCCCGGGUGGGAGCAAAGGGCGGACCAGAAUGGACGGGUGUAUUUCGUGGAUCACAUUGAGAAAAGGACAACCUGGGAAAGGCCUGAUCCUCUGCCUUCAGGAUGGGAGCGCAGGGUGGACCCGAUGGGUAGGGUGUACUACGUCGACCACAUAACCCGAACUACCACGUGGCAACGCCCCACGCAGGAGUCAGUGCGUAAUUACGAAGAGUGGCAGCACCAGCGCAGCCAGCUGCAGGGAGCCAUGCAGCAGUUUAACCAGAGGUUCAUUUACGGGCUCCAAGACCAGUUGGCAGCGACAGCCAACAAAGAGUUUGACCCGCUGGGACCUCUGCCACAUGGUUGGGAGAAGAGAACAGACACCAACGGCAGAGUGUAUUUUGUUCAUCACCCGACUCGGGCGACGCAGUGGGAGGAUCCCAGGACCCAAGGGCUGCUGAAUGACAAGCCCCUGCCAGAGGGUUGGGAGAUGAGGUUCACUGUGGAUGGUAUUCCCUACUUUGUAGACCACAACAGGCGAACCACAACCUACAUUGACCCUCGCACGGGGAAAUCCUCACUUGAGAAUGGGCCCCAGAUAACCUAUGUCAGGGACUUCAAAGCCAAAGUGCAAUACUUCAGGUUCUGGUGUCAGCAAUUGUCGAUGCCUCAGCACAUUAAGAUUAACGUCUCCCGGAAAACCUUGUUUGAGGAUUCAUUUCAACAGAUCAUGAGCUUUCACCCGCAAGAUCUGAGGCGGAGGCUGUGGAUCAUUUUCCCUGGAGAGGAAGGCUUGGAUUACGGAGGUGUGGCCAGGGAAUGGUUCUUCUUGCUGUCUCAUGAAGUACUGAACCCCAUGUACUGUUUGUUCGAGUAUGCUGGCAAGGACAACUACUGUUUGCAGAUCAACCCUGCCUCAUACAUCAACCCUGAUCACCUCAAGUACUUCAAGUUCAUAGGACGCUUUAUCGCCAUGGCCCUGUUCCACGGCAAAUUCAUCGACACCGGUUUCUCUCUGCCCUUCUACAAGCGUAUUCUGAACAAACCUCUGGCUCUCAAAGACCUGGAGUCAAUCGAUCCAGAGUUUUACAACUCACUCAUCUGGAUCAAGGAUAAUAACAUAGAGGAGUGUGGACUGGAGAUGUUUUUCUCCGUUGACAAGGAGAUCCUGGGGGAGGUCACCACCCACGAGCUGAAAGCAGACGGAGGGAACGUCCAAGUAACGGAGGAAAAUAAGGAGGAAUACAUCAGGUUGGUGGCAGAGUGGAGGCUGUCCAGAGGUGUGGAGGAGCAGACUCAAGCAUUCUUUGAGGGCUUCAAUGAAGUUUUGCCCCAGCAAUACCUUCAAUACUUUGAUGCUAAGGAAUUAGAGGUGAUGCUGUGCGGGAUGCAGGAGAUCGACCUGGUGGACUGGCAGAGAAGCACAAUUUACAGGCAUUACGCCCGGAGCAGCAAACAGAUCCUCUGGUUCUGGCAGUUUGUGAAGGAGAUGGACAAUGAGAAGAGGAUGAGGCUGCUGCAGUUUGUCACAGGAACCUGUCGCCUUCCUGUGGGCGGCUUCGCUGACCUGAUGGGAAGCAACGGCGCUCAAAAGUUCUGCAUCGAGAAAGUGGGCAAAGAGAACUGGCUUCCACGAAGCCACACAUGCUUUAAUCGUCUGGACCUCCCUCCUUACAAGAGCUACGAGCAGCUGAAGGAGAAGCUCAUGUUCGCCAUAGAGGAGACAGAAGGAUUCGGGCAGGAGUAAUGCAACAAGCGCAGGAGCUGUAUGAUGGGAUGGAGGAGCCAUAUCCAUUUCAGACGAGAGAAAUGGAUUCUCAGAUUCUCCUCGCAGCCAGGAGCUGCUUUUAAACUGGUAGAUGGACGUACAAAUCUUCAUUUUCUAUCUCAUUAUCUUACGCAGUAACAGUUUCUAAGCGGCUUUCGUCACAAAUUCAUCUAUCCCACACAAGAGGACCUGUGAAUCCUCCUCUCCUCCCUCUGUUUCACUUCCCACCUACAUGAUCAGUUCCACCCUGAUCUCACCUAGCCCCGGUCGGCCCACUAUCAGACGAUGGAGGCAGAAGAGACGCCUUUCUCACCCCGUCAUGUCAGCACUCGCCGUACGUUGCGCAAGUGCAGUUUCUACACGUACAUCUGUGAAUCUGUGCAGUUGUAACUUGUUAAGAGCCAGAUUGUUGGGUCUAUGCACUAGAAUUAAUCAUUUUAGAGGAAAGAACCAUAUUUGUGCAUUUUGACUGAAAAUAAAAAGAUUCAUAUCUGAAAGUAACAUCAAAGGCACAUAUAUGGUUUUGGGUCUUUCAGACUCAACUUUUCUGUAUUUGAAUGGAUGGAUGAUUUUAUUUUUUUUUUUGAACAGCUGACUGACUGGACUGACUCCCGUAGCACACACACGCAGUUUCUUUAAUAACUUUGAUAAAUGCUAAUUGUAACGCUAAUUUCAUUUAUUUUGACAGGUUGAUUUCUUUAACUUUAUAACGUUGAGUUGAAACUUUGAACUAGUUUGCACAUAGUUAUGAGAGCAGGAAGACGGUUGUGAUUGUUCUUAAGAGAGGUUGUAUUUUUAUGUGCAAUAGUUUUGUAGAAAAAACAAUUUUGCCAAUAAUAGAGCCAAACAGUGAUUUGUUUGAUCGUUUUAUAACACUUUGGUAAGUUUCAGCCUUUACUGUUGAUUUAAAUUCUCAAUAUGAAAUAGAGAACAUUUGCAUAUUUGCAAGUGGUGAAACUGGUUUGGUUGUGAUUUGAUUUGAUAACUUUGCCUUCCCCAAAUGAUCUGUCCUGUAUAGAAUAUCAGCCUGUUUGACCAUGAAUUGUCAUUUCCUUUACCAGUCAGGGAGACUGAAAAGAGUGAAGCCUUUUCUUGGUAAUUAUGAGCUGCUACUAAUGAAGUGGGAGCUUUAGGAUGUAUCAAGUAAUAGAGAACAACGAUUUGUUGAAUAAUUACUUUUUCCCACUGAAAGGUAGCCAAUUCUCUGUUAGACGUCCAGAAUUAAGUAUUAUCCUAGAUCAAUAAUGAAGAUACUGACUCCUAACUGUCUAAUGUGUUAAGUGACUAAUGCAGUUUAUGUAAAUAUGCUGACAAAGUAGAAAACGUGUUUAAUAUCUUAAUACAUUUAGUUCACCCAAGCAGUGGACCCCUUUGGGUUGCAGGUAUAAGUUGAUAAUUAAGAUUUGAAUAAAUGUGAUAUAAGUGGCCCUAGUUUUAUAGGGUUUUAGGUAUUCAGAUUUGUACAGUAGUAUAUUAGUGUAUUUCAUGUCUUUUCCAAAAAAUAGCUCCGCUAAUGUCAAACUUAGUUUCUUUUUAGUACUGGGUAGAGUAUCACUUUAAGAAAAUGACUAUGGAAUGAAUCUACCAAAGGAUUUUAUUUAAUAUUUUUUUGUAAAACUUGACUUAACCAGGUGUAAUCAGUUCUUAACACCCCCUAAAUGAUUACACAUCUCACAUCAGUUGUGUCACUUGUGUCCUUUAUAAUAUUAGUGGGUAACACUGUGAGGUACAGAAAACAUAGCUCCGCUACUUCAAUCUUAAAAAACAAAUUUUCAAUCUGUAAAGUGAUAUUUUUUAACAACUUGUAACUGUCCAAGCUGUGUAGAGUGUAUGCAGGCAGCGUGGUGUAAAUUCUGUGGUUUAAUUUCAAUGUGUAUCUCAGAUCAUUUGAAAACUCUUGACUACAAAUUCAGUUUCAGCAAAUUCAUUUCAAGUUCCCAAUAAAAUGUAAAAGGAUGUUUUGCUCAUGAAUAUGCUGGUAUUACAUAAAAAAGGCCUCAGCUCUCCCUCACUGAACUGACAGGUGUAUUGACCCUCAGUCAACACCAGUUACUGCUCACUUUAUACUUUAUUGUGUCAGAUGUUUCACAUUAUCUCACAUUUUUCCCGUUACUGGCAGUAAUACACACACAUACACCUACAAAAAAAACUCUGUGUGGACCCGCUGGUGUGCAGACAAGAGAUUAUUUGUAAAAAAAAACAACAAAAAAAACAUACCUUGAUUUUAACAAAAAAAAAAAAAAAAAGGUUUGUGAUUAAAACGUUUACUGUUGAAUAUUUUAACAGAUUACAACUAAUAAUUUAGCACCUUGACACUCCAAACUGGUUGAAUUAACCACUUCACUGUUUAAUCACUGCUAUGUUCCAGAUCAUGGAGCAGUUAAAUGUAUAGAAAUAUGCAAAAUAGUGUUUUAGUUGUACUGAUUGCAUUGUAAAUCAUGUUGAUAGUGUAAUCACUGUUUUUUGAAGCUCUAACCUUUUUGAUAAGUGGAAGUCGAUGGUUGAAAACUAUUUAUUUGGAGGAUGGGUUUCCUGUAACUAUGGACUGGAUUGAUUGAGAGAGAGAAAAAAAAAACAGUAAUAAAGUGAUUUAAACACUGGGCUCCUUCAGGA